AUGGUGGACAUUACGAGCUUCGACAUGAACGAUGGGGCGGCACAGCAGCCGUGGCUACGAUCGGGCAAAUACCAGGGCGACAUCAACAUUGACCCGACCCUUCUUCGCGAACCGGACGAGUUUGUGUUUUUCAACGCCGUCAAGAACCGCGAGCAAACAUGGCCCGACGCCGAGGUGCCCUACGUGCUCGACGCCAAUUUCUGUAGAUGCUACUCACAAGUAGGACGUACUGGUGGUAAGCAAGAAGUCUCUCUCGGAGCCGGCUGCCUCGUUCACGAAACGAUAAUCCACGAGCUGAUGCACUCCGUCGGCUUCUGGCACGAACACUCUAGGGCUGAUCGUGACGACCACGUGAAGGUCAACUACGGCAACAUUGUCGCUGGCGCAUCCUCCCAAUUCGACAAGCUGCCAAAGUCGAUUCAGGAUCUGCUUGACGAGCCCUACGACUACUUCUCGGUGAUGCACUAUGAGGCGACGGCGUUUGCGACCAAUGCGCGGUACUCGAUUGAGAGUCUCGACGAGAGACUUACGGAUUUGAUGGGUACUGGCACGGAUCUUAGCUAUGGCGACAAGAGGAAGAUCAACAAGCUGUAUAACUGCCCGUCACCGAUCGGCUUGGAUGAGCUGGGAAAGUCACGAGCGGGACGUCAGCUCGCCACAUCUCACCAAAGCUCCAGAUCCGAUGAGCUGGAAGAGGGGAAGGAAGUGUCCGAAAUAUCAUCUACUCCGCUGGACGUCACCACCACAGACGACGACCUCAGCGUCUUGGACCCGGAAGAGUUGCUGCGAAUAUUUGAGAUCGAA